AUGUCGUUUAUGGGUGGCGCUGAAUGUUCGACAUCUGGAAACCCUCUUAGCCAGCUUCACAAGCAUACUCAAAACGAUAGGACCCUUCAGCAAGACCGCCUUGUUGGUCGAGGCCCUGGUGGACAACUCAAUGGGUUUCGCAGCCAGAGCGCGAAUGCGCCUCAAGAUGAGAUGAUGAAUGGAUUUCUCAACCAGGGCCCGAGCCUUCAGCAGGAAUUCCCCAUGCAGCCGGGCCAGAUGGGCCCUCUUAACCCAGCCCAGUCCCAUAUGCGAGCUAGCUCAGCGUCGCCAACAUGGGCGCACGACUUCAACGGCCAGCCAGCGAUGGAAUCGGCUUUCCAGCCGCCUUCUGCUGCACAGGCGCAUUUCAACGCUGACGAGUUUGCCCGAUUCCAACAGCUUAACGCACAAGGUUCCUCGGCGAGAGCAAGCCCCAUGCAGAGCAACGUUUCCAGCCAGAUGAACCAACAACGACCCAUGAUGGGGGGCAUGAUGAACCGACCGAUGGGCUACUCUCCCAUGUUCCAGCCAAUGUACCAGAACCAGCAGCCUAUGCAGCAACACCAACCACAGCAGCAAGAUGCUAAGGGUAAGGGCCGGCUCGUGGAACUUGAUGACCACAAGUGGGAGGAGCAAUUUGCUUCGAUGGAGCUCCAAGACAAUGCCAAGGAACAAGAAGAGGCAAAUGUUGCAGAGCGUGAGCUCAAUGAAAUGGACAAAGGCUUGACGUCCGAAACCAAUGAGUACGGUGAUUUUGAAUCUAUUUGGAAAGGAAUACAAGCUGAGACGUCUGCUGCUAGACAAGACUUUGACCAGUUCGACAGCGAAUGGAACAACAACAUGAUGCCCGAUUUCGAAGGUAUGGGCGACUGGGGCCGCCUCGGUGACCCGGCCGUGGAAACCUAUUUGUUCGAACAAGACAACUUCUUCCGCGAUGAAAAGAACGCUUUCGAGGAGGGCGUGCGCAUUAUGAAAGAAGGUGGUAAUCUUUCUCUGGCUGCCCUGGCCUUUGAGUCCGCUGUUCAACAAAACCCCGACCACACCGAGGCCUGGGUAUACUUGGGAACGGCUCAGGCACAGAACGAGAAGGAAACGGCAGCUAUCCGAGCUCUUGAACAAGCGCUCAAGCAGGAUCCUAACAACCUAGCAGCCUUGAUGGGUUUGGCUGUAUCGUAUACUAACGAAGGUUACGACAGCACCGCAUACCGAACCCUUGAACGAUGGUUGUCAGUCAAAUACCCUAAUAUUCUUAACCCCAAGGACCUGCAUCCUCCCGCAGAAAUGGGCUUCACAGACCGCCAACAGCUGCAUGACAAAGUGACAAAUCUUUUCAUCAAAGCGGCACAGCUGAGCCCCGACGGCGAGCAUAUGGACCCUGACGUACAAGUUGGCCUUGGUGUUCUUUUCUACGGUGCAGAGGAUUAUGACAAGGCAGUCGAUUGCUUCCAGUCAGCUCUUCAUUCCUCGGAAGCUGGUACGUCCAACCAGCAAGAACAGCUCCAUCUCCUCUGGAACCGUCUUGGCGCUACGCUGGCCAACAGCGGACGUUCCGAGGAAGCCAUUGCGGCAUACCAAGAGGCGCUCGCCAUGGCUCCUAAUUUCGUGCGCGCUCGUUACAACCUGGGUGUCAGCUGCAUCAACAUCCACUGCCACCACGAAGCUGCCUGUCACUUCCUGGCCGCAUUGGAGAUGCACAAGGCUAUUGAGAAGUCGGGCCGCAGCAAAGCAUACGAGAUUCUGGGCGAUAACGCUUCUGGGGUCGAUGAGACACUUGACCGUAUGUCGGCGCAGAACAGGAGCAGCACCUUAUAUGACACCCUCAGACGUGUCUUUACACAGAUGGGCCGGCGGGAUCUGGCGGAGAAGACCAUUGCGGGCGUAGAUCCAGACGUGUUCAGACCAGAGUUUGAAUUUUAA